AUGGUUGGCAAAAAGUCGGAAAAGGCUCUUAGAGAUGAAGGUCUCGAACGAACCGACAACAGCAUGGGACUUUCCAGCUGGCCUGUGGUAGCCCCAAUCAAUCAAAAGAACUAUUACACUGACUACCUCAAACGAGACGACCAACUCCUCGCAUACCGUCUCCAAAACGAAGAAGCCCGCAACCGCAUGACCAAAACCGCCAAAGACCGCGACCGCGCACUCGCUCUAGGCAAACAGGAACAGCCGGAUACUGAAGCCGAUGGCGACGCUGUCAUGGAAGAGGCCGAAGAAACUGCAGCAGAAACCGCAGGCUCAAAAGUAAUUGUUCUUCAUGUGGGAAGUCAGAAUUUACGUAUCGGGUUGGCGAGUGAUGCGAUUCCGAAAACGGUGCCGAUGGUGAUUGCUAGGAAAUCGACAAAGAAUGAGUCUGAAGAUGGCGUUGAGCCGAGACCGAAGCGAGUCAAAUUGAACGAAGAUGAGGCGGAGGAAGAUGUUCCACCUGAGAAGCGCUUUGGGCCAGAGUUUGCAUCGCUGUACACUACCAUGUCCGCCGAACUCAAAACACACAUGCGACAAAAUAAACGACGAAUGCUACCAAACUCCAAAGAAAUGGUCAUCAACUACAACCGUCGAACUGUCCCCGAGCACAUUCCCGAACACAAUGACCCGUCGCGUGUAGAAUGGACAGAGUUUUCCAACCCACCACCGGAAUACAUCACUGGACAGCAAGCGCUUAGAAUACCGGAUGACUCGAAACCGCGAUACAAAUUGUCGUGGCCGAUUCGGAAUGGAUGGUGCAAUGAGAAGGAUUAUCCGAAUGCCAGGUUGAUGUUUCUGGAUAUCUCUCUGAUUCUAGAAGACGCAAUCAAGACACAGCUAGGAUUGACCAGUAAGAAAGACUGGCCGCAGUAUUCCUGCGUUUUUGUGAUCCCCGAUCUCUACGAAAGGGCAUAUGUUACGACGAUAUUGGAGAUGUUGAUGAAAGAGUUCUCUUUCGCGCGGGUUUGUUUCAUCCAGGAAAGUCUGGCAGCUGCGUUCGGCGCCGGAUAUACAACUACCUGUAUAGUGGAUAUUGGAGCACAAAAGACUUCCAUAUGUUGUGUGGAUGAAGGAAUGUGCGUUGAAAAUUCACGCAUCAACCUGAAAUACGGCGGAUUCGACGUAACCGAGACAUUCAUCAAGAUGAUGCUCUAUGACCAUUUUCCUUAUGCCGAUAUCAACCUAAACCGACGAUACGAUUUCCUGCUAGCAGAAGAAUUAAAAAAGAACAUCUGCACCAUGAAUGAAAGUGGCGUGUCGGUACAAGUGUUUGAUUUCCAUUUGCGUGUAUCUGGCCAGGAUACAAGGAAAUACACUUUCAAGGCAUACGACGAGGUUUAUCUUGCGCCAAUGGGAUAUUUUCAACCUAGUAUUUUCAGCGCCGAAGAUAAGCUACAGGGCCGCCGCAAACUUUUGACUCGAUCGUACGAUAUCUACGAUGGUCAGCCAAAUGAUCCUACAUCGGCAGCACAAUCUGAAAUACUAAGAGCUAUUGCGCCGCCAGAUCUGUCGACUGAAGACGACAAGGCACAAAUUAAUGGGACCGGUGAUGUACAAGCCACGCCUGCACGGUCCCAUUUGAAUGCUCUCGGUCGUGUGCAAGACUCCGAUGCCACGCCUCGGUCAUCAGUCGCCGGCUCGCCGGCCCCAGAGUUCAACACACCCUUGAAUGGAAUCGCAGCUGCGGCCGCUGGUAACAGCACACCUGUCCCCGAGAAAGUCACCGAAAAAGGCAGCCAACCUGCCACCGGUGCCACACCAGCCGGCGCAUCAUCCCAGCCCUCCCAACCAUCCCAACCAUCGCAAACAGUAGUAACCCAACCUCUCCAACAACCACCCCCUCAAACCACUCGCAUCCCCACAAUCGAAGAACGCGACGACAUCCUCCCCAUCUACCCCCUCGACCAAGCAAUCCUAACUUCCAUCACCCACGCCGCUCGCUCCGACGACAAGAAAAUGCGCGACUUCCUCGGCGGUAUCAUGGUCGUCGGCGGCGGAAGCCAAAUCAACGGAUUCCACGCCUUCCUCGAAGAGAGACUACACCUGCUACGACCCGCAUUCGCGAAGGAGAUCAUGAUUGGAUCGCCGCCGCGAGAAUUGGAUGCACAGGUCGUUGUGUGGAAGGGCGCAAGCGUGUUUGGGAAGUUGGAUGGCACGAAUGAUAGCUGGAUUGGACGGUUGGAGUAUGAUCGGUUGGGGAGUAGGUUGCUGGUGUAUAAGUGUAUGUGGGCUUAUUAG